AUGACAAGCAUAAACGUGGAAUAUUCAUGUAUUCGACUUCAGGAUUUACCAGAUGAAAUUCUUCUGAUUAUUUUCCAAAAAUUAAACAAUUGUGAUGUACUUUAUUCUUUCAUGGGUCUUAAUGAAAGACUUGAUACAAUUCUCUACGAUAGAAUUUUUACAAGAAAUUUAUCAUUAAUAAAAUAUGUUCAUAGGUCAUAUGAAUUUAAUAUAAUACUUGAUCGAUUUUCUCUUGAAAUUUUACCUAAAAUCAAUGAUAAAAUCGAGCGACUUAGUAUUGAAUCAUCAUUUAUUAAAUGUAUUCUUCUGACGACAAACUAUCCUAAUUUACAUACACUUGAUUUAUAUGAAUUUGAACCUGAAACAGCCAGUACACUCUUCUGUGAUGGAAGUUAUUUAGUUAAUCAAUUUCAAAAUCAAAUUUCAUCAAUUUUUAUCAAGUUGAAACCGCGUAAACAGCGAAUAGAUGAAUUAGGAUAUACAACACAAGAUAAUAAUAUAUUUAUAUUUAUUAGAAUCUGUAUUCUAUUCAAGAAUCUACGAUACUUGAAUUUCAGUUCAUAUUGUAAUCAUGAACAAUUAACAUUUUUGAGUACAGCUCCAAUUGAAUUCUCUUCAAGUUUAUUAGAAUUACAUGUUGUAGUAAAAAAUAUCUUAGAUUGUCUCUGUCUGCUUGAUGGUCAGUUCAAUCAACUGCAUACGUUUUAUGUUACGAUUCUGCCUUCUAAUGGUUAUGCUGGACAUUUAGUUGGCAACCAUGUAAGUUACGCAUGUAUUAAUCUCUUUUUCAAUGAAUAA